AUGAAAUUAUCAGCAACUACUUUAGCUUUAAUUGCAACUGCAUCAGCAUCAAUAAUUGAACAACAACAAGAAACAAAUAAUGUUGUAGUUGCAAGAUCAGAUGUUGAAAAAAUUUUAGAUACAUUACCAAAAUUUCAAAAAAGAGAUGGUGAACCAGAUUUACAAGCUUUAGUUGAUCAUAUAAAUAAUUAUAAAUUAAAAAGAGAUGCUAUUGAUAUUGAAAUUAUUAAAAGAGAUUAUGCAAUUGUUACUGAUGUUUUAACUGCAAUUAAUCAAACUCAAUUAGCACCAAAGAUUUUAGAUUAUUUUGUUUCAUCACCAACUUUUAAACCAAUUAUUAUUGAUGUUUUAAUUACAGUUAUGAAAAGUGGUAUAAUUUCAUUACAAGCUUUAUUAGAUGCUUUAGUUUCAUCAAAUUUAGCAGUUAAUUUAAUUAAUGAUUUAAUUAGUGAUUGUGAUUUAUAUGUUGAAUUAUUUAAUAUUGCAAAAGAAGUUAUUGCUGAUUUAGCAAAUACUGUUAAAAAUUUAAUUAGUGAAGGAGUUUCAUCAUUAAUUACAAGAGAUGAAAAUGAUGAUUCCUUGAGUAGUUAUAUUAUUAAUGAAAAAAGAGAUUUUGAUUUGGGUGGAGUUGUUGAUAAUUUAUUAGAUUCAUUAUAUAAAUCAGGUUUAGCAACAUCAGUUGUUAAAGAUGUUUUAACAAAUUCAAAUUAUUUAUCAUUUGCAGUUGAUUUAAUUAAAGCAAUGUUAGCAAAUAAUUUAAUUGAUAUAAGAUCAAUUAUAACUGCAUUAACUCAAUCAGGUUUAAUUUCUCAAUUAUUUAAAGAAUUAUUAAAUUUCAAUACUUUAGGAACUGUUGCUGAAACUGCUUUUGCUGCAUUUGCUGGUCAAUGUUCAGGUGGUACAACUCCAACUACUGGUGGUACAACAAUUCCAACAACUGCUGCUGGUUCAAUUACUACACAAAAUGUUAGUGGUUCUGGUAGUGGUUCAGGUAGUGGUUCAGUAGGUCCAUGUAAAAAGAGAAGAAGAGUUAGAAGAAGAAGAGCAAAUUAUUAA